ACUCCAGCCCCUCAAUUUUCUCUUCACCUCAUACGGCGCGUUUAGUAUCAUGUAGCCAUAGCAUCGACGGUAAACAGCAUGAAGAUACGAGAUACGAGGCUUGCAACGCGCAGUCCCGAGACGAAUACGAGCUUCGCAAUUGGCUUGGCCCUUUUCUAAGCCACCCAGGCAGAGAUCACUCUCUUGUUAUCCACCACUCAACACUACCAUCCGCCUCAAUCCACUGUCGAGCUUUUUCAGUCUCACGGUAACUACUGCGAAGCACUUCGAGAAGCAUCAUGGCGCCAUGGAGGGACGAACUGCAGUACUACAAUUUCAAACAUCCGACCUUCUUCAAGUACUUCUUCAUCCUCACCUGUCCCUUUACAUGCUGCUGCGUAUUCGCAUAUUGCUACAUACAUCCUCCAGCAUUCUACAUGUGUGGUAACGCCGCGAGAGACGCACAACAACGAAAACUCAAAAAGAUGUCCGCCAUCAACUUCGAACACCGAGGUCGCACAGUCAACCGUCGAAACAGCCUCUCCGUCGGAAAGCCCACUGGACUGUGUACGCGAUUGCUCAGGAAGAAAACGUCCAGCCAAUUGGAAUCACCACUAACGAGGUUGCCGCCGGAGCUACGCGCCAUGAUCUUCGAACUAGCCAUGAUCGAUACUGGGGCAGUUUAUAUUCACACCGUCCGCAAAUACUCCGCGAAAUUCGACCGGCUUCGAGGUCUAGCUAGCGACUCAGAGCCAGGCCAUCCUCCAGACCUAUCGGAUUGCAGCCCCCAUCUGCGCCCGUUGGACGCUGGCACCACUGCCUUACUUUCCACAUGCCGCCUGUUCUAUAGCGAAGCGCUCCCCAUUCUCUACAGAAGGCCGCGAUUCAUAUUCAACACCCUGGGCGACUUGAUCGCCUUCUCACUCAUAACGCCGAAGACGCAUCUGCGACUCAUCCACUCCAUCUGCAUUGACUGUCAUAUAUUUAGAAUCUCUGGCCUAACGCCAUUACGUCCUGAUCCAGUGGGUUCUUUCGCGAAUGUUGUUCAGGCUAUGGAGGGUUUGCAAACGGUGUUCUUGGCGUUCAAUGUCAGCACGCCUAGCCGUGGUGGGUUUCUACUUCCGUCUGCGAUGAUGGGGGAAGCGCUCAAGUUUUUCAACGCAGCAAGGAAGGAGACUGCAGCGAGAUGCACUGUGCAUCUAAUGUUGUACGAUGGCCGAGAAGUGCGCUAUGAAACGGUGGAGAAGGGUGGAGGAGUUGAAUUGGAGGGUGUCGUUCUCAGCUGAUGCCAGCCUUGCGAUUGGCCAGGCGGCCCACACCUUGCGGCACAGUGCAUCCUAGGCAACUACUUCGACAUUUAACGACGCCA